GACAGCGGCGGCGGAGAGGGGCGGGGAUGCGGACGCCGGUGGCGAUAACGCUGGGCAUGGUGCUGGCCCCGUGCGGGCUGCUGCUCAACCUGACGAGCACGCUGGCGCCCGGCUGGCGGCUGCUGAAGGGCUUCCUGGACCAGCCGGUGGACGUGGUGCUGUACCAGGGCCUGUGGGACGUGUGUCGCGAGCAGAGCAGCAGCGAGCGCCAGUGCGGCCAGACGGACGAGUGGGGCUACUUCGGGGCCCAGCCCGUGCUCGCGGCGCGGGGCCUCAUGCCCACGUCGCUGGCCACCACGGCCCUGGGGCUGCUGCUGGCGACGCUGGGCGUGCGCUGCUGGCGGGACGAGCCCCACUUCGCGCUGGCCGGCUCCUCGGGCGUCGUGCUCUUCGCCGCCGGCCUCCUCAGCCUCAUCCCGGUGUCCUGGUACAACCACUUCUUGCAGGACCGCACCGUCCUGCCCGCCCCGGCCAGCCCGGUCACGCUGCAGGUCAGCUACAGCCUGGUGCUGGGCUACCUGGGCAGCUGCCUGCUGCUGCUGGGCGGCUUCUCGCUGGCGCUCAGCUUCGCGCCCUGGUGCGAGGGGCGCUGUCGCCGUCGCCGCAAGGCGCCCCCGGCCGGCCCGCGCCGCGGCAGCAUCAGCACCGUCUGCGUGGACUGGCCCGAGCCCGCGCUCACGCCCGCCAUCAAGUACUACAGCGGGGGCCAGCACCGGCCGCCGCCCGCGCAGCAAGGAGCCGCCGGGGUCAAGGCCAAGGUGGGCUUCCCCAUGCCGCGGCCGCCGCCCAAGGCCUACGCCAACCCCGCGGACGUGCUGGACGGGGAGCGGGAGCAGCCGGCCGACUCCCACGGCGCCUCCUCGCGCAGCACCCGGCCCUGCCGGAGCCCGCUGCCCUGCGACUCCGACCUGUAGACGGCGCCCCCGGGGCCCCGCGUCGGAGCGAUGCGUGACAGAGGACUCGCCCCGCACAGACCCGCCUGGCUCGGAGCCGGGACCCCUGUGAGUAGUCUGGAGGGCGAUCUUCCUCUCCUGUGGCGGGACUGGACUCCUUGGACAAUUCGUUCAGGUUGGACUCGGUUUUCUUAGUAGAGUUUAGUUUUCCUCUCCAGGGGGAUCGGGGUCCUCUUAUGGAGCGACAAGCUUGUCAUAUUUCUUGCUGAAGAAGAUAAAGGGUGGCAUUUGCAUCGUGUGGACCAGCGACAGUAACAACACAAAGUUGAAAUCGCCAAGUAGAGGCUCAAAAACAACUGAACACCUUGAAAUAACAGUAUUCUAAGAUACUGAGGAAUCUGACAUCGAUAUAAUGAUUGUAUUUUUUUCAGCUGUUUUAACUCCUUCUCAUGCAAACUCCAAGAGGCCAAUAUAUUUCUUGCUAUGUUUGAGGCUCUUAAAAGAAAGUUAAGAGCUAUGCAAAUACCAGCAGCUUUAGUGGCUUUUACGGAAUGAAAUAACCUGAUUAACUCAUAUCUGCAUUUCUUCAUGCAUAAAUAGGAUUUAGCUUUUUUCUCAUUUUUGGUGUGAAAAUUGAGGUCACUCAAGAGUUUCUCUUGCAGAAGCCAAAAGGGACAUAGAGGGCCUAACGCUAUACUAUUCCAUUCCUUGGAUACCUCAUCAUGGACACAGAGGACUAUAGACUUAAUAUUUUGUAGAAAAUAUGUAUAUAUCUUUUAUUUAUAAAUAAAAUUUUGAAGCAACAGUUUGAAUACACCCACAAA